GCGCAGGCGCGGGAGCCGCGGUGGCGCAUGCGCAAGAUAAGUGCGCCGAUAAGUGGCGUCUCAGCCGGACAUGCUGCGGCUUGGUGGUCUUUGGGUCUUGAGAAUGCGAUCUCCCGCGGCUGGGGUCCCAGUAAAGAACCUCGGCCUCAGGGAGGUCGCGUCCGGCGUUUCUUCCCCAGGCAGCACCUCGACGAGAGCCCUAAAUAUCUUCGAUCGGGAUUUGAAGAGGAAACAGAAAAACUGGGCGGCCCGGCAGCCUGAGCCGAUGAAGUUUGACUACCUGAAAGAGGAGGUUGGAAGUCGGAUUGCAGACCGUGUGUAUGACAUAGCGAGAAAUUUUUCCCUUGCUUUGGAUGUUGGUUGUGGAAGAGGAUACAUAGCACAACAUUUGAAUAAGGAAACUGUUGGAAAGUUUUUUCAAGUAGACAUUGCAGAAAAUGCUUUGAAAAAUAUCAUAGAAAUGGAAAUUCCUACUGUCAGCAUUUUAGCUGAUGAAGAGUUCCUUCCCUUCAGAGAAAAUACAUUUGACUUGGUGGUUAGCAGUUUAAGUUUACACUGGGUGAAUGACCUUCCUAGAGCGCUUGAACAGAUUCAUUAUGUUUUAAAACCAGAUGGAGUAUUUAUUGGUGCAAUGUUUGGAGGUGACACACUCUAUGAACUUCGGUGUUCACUACAGUUGGCAGAAACAGAAAGGGAAGGAGGAUUUUCUCCACAUGUUUCUCCUUUCACUGCUGUCAAUGACUUAGGACAUCUGCUUGGGAGAGCUGGCUUUAAUACACUGACUGUGGAUACUGAUGAAAUUCAAGUUAACUAUCCUGGGAUGUUUGAAUUGAUGGAAGAUUUACAAGGUAUGGGUGAGAGUAACUGUGCUUGGAAUAGAAAAGGCCUGCUGCACCGAGACACGAUGCUGGCAGCCGCAGCGGUGUACGGAGAAAUGUACAAAAAUGAGGAUGGUUCAGUACCUGCCACAUAUCAGGUCUAUUACAUGAUAGGAUGGAAAUACCAUGAUUCACAGGCAAGACCAGCUGAAAGAGGUUCGGCCACUGUGUCAUUUGGAGAACUGGGAAAGAUAAACAAUCUUAUGUCACAGGGGAAAAAAUCACAAUAAAUAUUUUAUUCAAUUCUAAUCUACAUUUGGUAACCCUUUCAGUUUUAAUGUGGUUUCUGUUUUCAUAUGGAUACUGUUAUCUGGUGAUUCGAAUGUCUUAUUUACACAUUCAGCCAAAAGCAGGAAGAUACUUCAAUGAAAAAACUACAAAUAUGUUCACAUUUAUAAAUGCUGACUUGAUGGAAAGACAUUGCUCACACUGACAUUUUGUACCUUUUUCUCCUGAUCUUUUGUUAUUGCCAUGAGAGGGCGAUAGCUAUGGAGAUGAGAAGAAGACAAGUUGAUUGAUUAUCUAGAGUUAUGGAUCAUUUGGAAUAAAAACAGUUUUUAUAAUGA